AUGACUCAGAGGACUCAUGAGCACACUCUUCUUUCGGACGAGCCCACAUUUACGCGGUGCGAAUGUUCUGGCAGCCACCGAGUGUCGAGACAGGUAGUUAUCGGAGGAGCUGUUAUAAUCAUAGGAGCUGUUGUUGGUGCAACAGUGGCCCCUGCUGUUGCUCGAGGCGUAGUGGGAUUGAUAGGCUUUGGUGCCAACGGUGUCGUUGAAGUCGCACAGAAAAUCGGUGCAGGCGGCACCUUACCGGCUUGGGCCUUUCUAGUGGGCGCUGUGGACGGAAUUGUCAGCGCAGUCAUCAUUGGUGCGGUCGGUUACGGAAUAUAUCAGCUCAUUAAGGGCCGGUCGAAGGACAGGAAGCGGGAGACGUACAUGUUAUGCGAAAAAUGUCGAGGGCUCAAGAAAUAUCCUUAA